UGACAGUUUAGCAGUAAUUAGUCUCUAGUGUCGACCAUGGUAUACAGUGGUCCCUCUCGAGGAUGUGAAACCUGUCGAUGGCGGAAAAAGAAGUGUGAUGAAGCUCGUCCGUCGUGCAUACGAUGUCUCAAAUCCAACCGAACUUGCAAAGGUUACGUGGACCAAGCCACCAGCAAGCUCGCCUUCCGAUAUGUGAUUCCCGAUAGUGUGCAAUCUCCACCACAGCCCAAAUCCAUGGCACGUAAAUGUAGUUUACCUGCUCGAGUCCCGGCUCCUGGUACAAAUUUCCUCCCGGAUGAUGCGAGUCCCAUGGAAGAGACAGAUGAUGGUAUCGAAGAACUAGCUUUGCGAGCAUUCUUCCACGACUAUUGUGUGACUUCAACAAAUCAUACCAUCUCGCGAGGUUUUCUCAAUGGCCUGGAGCCAAUGGUGCUACGCUGCGGGCUCUGGUCGGACUAUGCCAAAGCAUGCAAGGCGGUCGCCUUUGCCAGUCAUGGCAUCAAGCUUCAUAGGCCCAGCCUCCUGCGCAAGGCUCAGACGCUCUAUGAUGAGCUAAUUAGCUCCCUGGCACGUGUCAUGAGCUUAGUUAACUCGUCAUUACUAUCCGCGGAGGUGCCGACGGUGGUAAUGCUGCUCGGGUUGUAUGAGAUGAUUGUUGCAGAUGAAAUUUACCCAAGAUACCACCAGGUCCACGCAGGAGGUAUGGCUGCAAUGUUGCGUAUUGAGAGCUCCCCGUUGGGACUGGUGAAGGCUGCACAGUCAGGUCACCCGCUACUUACCCGUGGCAUGAGCCAGGGACCUUUCUUCGUACCAUAUAUCGGCAAUGAGCAUCAAGAGCUGGACAGCAUUCUUCAUGAUACAUAUGGCAUAUGGGGCAAAAUGAAUCUAUUUCUUGCUGACGAUGUAGAGGCCCUUUACCUUCUUCAGGAAGAGGCACUUUUAAUCAAUCAACGGUUUUUGCAGUGGCAAGAUAGCGUUCCCACAGAUUUCAUGCCCACCACUGUCGGUCACCUACCGCCAAGAUCGUCAGCAACAGCCCCGACAGUUGGACACUGGCCAGGUCCAAUCGAUGUUUAUUUCGACCUGUACACUGCAGCAGUCUGGAAUAUCACGCGUGUGGCUCGAUGCUUCCUCAUUGACAUUAUCACAAAGAUCAGUGACACCCUCCAGGAUGGCAGAGACUAUACUCGUGAAAAGAUAGAUGCCGACCGCCUCCUUAAGGAGUUGCUGUCUUCCAUCCCAUAUCAUCUCACCGAAUGUCUACCAGAUUUUCUUCGGCAUAUGUCGAAAGUGUCAGACAUCCAAACCCCUGGAAGGGCCGCCGGGGGCCUGUUAUUGAUGCAUCCCAUAUAUUUGCUUUGCCAGCUAUCCAUCGUAUCCUUGGAGAUACGGGAGUACCUUACCCGAUGUCUGGAGUGGAUUGGGAUGAAUAUGGGUGUUGGACAAGCUUCACUCCUCGCCAAGCAGAGUAAGGAGCCUCGAGUGGACGACCUUCUUUCGGGGUGUAUGAUUAUCUGGACUGGAUUCCUGCUGUAGCGGAACGCGGAAACUCGAUUUGAUGGACAUUUCGGCAGUUCAGUGUUGUCUCAGUUUGCUACACUGUAUUAAGCAAGAAGAAUAACAUCAUUCAGAGCGUUUUUACUGCAUCACUUUAUGGGCUGGCGAUGACGUUGGGCAAGAGAGUAGAUCGCAAUCCUUGCUUAUUCGGCUUAACAUGGCCGUCACCAUACUAAGCACUAGUCAUAUUCCGGGAACUGCGCAGUCAGUGUCAGUUAUUUGAUCAUUGGUCAGUCGUUGGUUGGAGAAGCGAAGGAUG